GUGUGUGUAAAACUAUAUCAAAGGCAAUAAAGAAUCAUAUCUGACGGAAUGAUUGGGUUUUAAAUCACGUGACCUAUGAAUAGCAUGUCUACCAAAUACAUACAAUCAUGUCCGAUUCGAGCAGAUCGUUGUCAAGGUGUUUGUUUCAAUAUCCGUGUUACUGAAAGCAGAUCCGUUUCACCCCUAGUGCAUUGCACAUUGUUAUUUACAACCCAUUCUCCCUGAGAUCCCUGAGAGCCAGUUGGCCCAGGGCAGGGUGUGUAAACAUUGCAGCAGCCUGUUCAAUGAGAAGAGUUUGCACAAACGCAAGGGUUUGGUUUGAGGGAACACACACCUAUCCAGUCUAUUCAGAUCCCUAGGCACAGGAAUACAGCCCCUCUGUGUAUUGCGAUGUUGUAAGAAAAGCAUUCACACCUGGUUAGCUGGCGCUGUUUUAUUCGAACUCAGCGCGGUUCGGAUUCGUUUUGGAGGCAUGUGUGAACGCUCCAAAAGAACCCGUUUUAACCGGACCGAACUGAGUGCUUCUCAAGAGGUGGUCUGUUUGGGCAACAGGACUGAGUUCGUCUCGUUUGUUUCAGUGCAUUGUGAAAGCACAGUCAGUUCAGAAAAACGUUGACGUGAACCAGCAAAAGGAACGGAAUCCUUAGGAAGCGAACCGAGUUCUUCUUCUCCAGAGUUCAUUUCCAAGUGAACUCGGCUCGGCUGGUUUAGAUAAAGAAAUCAUUAAGAAGGUGUGUUUUCGUCUGUAUCCCGUUUACUCCGCAAACUGCUUCCACCCCAGUCCUGUAAUGUUGCAGUACACCUUUAAGAAGCCGCAAUGCAUACAGGGAUGGGCAGUAUGUGCUCGUUAAGUGUGCUGGCCGCAUCGAAAGCAGCACAGACAGGAACCGGAGCGCAUAGUCCAGGCAGAUUACAGCAACGCUUUAUACUCAUCGCAGCUACGGAGUCAUGCAGCCAGCGUCUUGUUUUUAAGUUGGGACGCCUCGGCUCUUGUUGCAGGAGGGCUGCGCUGCUGUGCCUGGCUGCUCACAGGAGCGCAGUAACUUUGCUGAGCGCUGCAGUGCGGCGGGUAUAGAGCUGCAGGACAGCUUGGAGCAAUGCAGCUCUGCGUGUGGGAGCGAUGCCGACUGGCUGUCAGGGGCCCUGGCUGGAAAUAAGCAGUUGUGCGUGGUCGAAUUUAAAACAUGUGUAGGGCAAUUUUCCUUUUAUUGAUCUCUUCGUAAAUCAAAGUUUGAAAACACGCAACCAGAUGACCUCAGUGUAGCAAACGAAGUGGAUCGGGUUUGUUUUUUUUUUUUUGUUUUUUUUUUGUAUCGCGGGGCAAUAUGCAGUGUUAAAAACUUUCAUUUUUGCGCUUCGUGGUUUUUUAUUUAUUAUUAUUAUCAUCAUCAUCAUUACUAUUAUUACAGGUGUUGGUGUUUUUUUUAAACAAAAAAAAGGAUAACCAAAGUACACACAUUUCUGUUCUAUCCCGGCGUUUUAAUUUUUUUUUUUAAGACGAUACUGUAUUAUGCUCAGUUAUGUCUCUCCUGGAAAGUGUCCUGGCAUGCUUAACCCCGGGUGAUGUGGAUAUGCAAUGGUUUUGCUUGGCUACUCUCUUCGCUGCCUCUGUAGUGACAGUGCUGCUGUAUUUAGUCCAGUACUCGGUUGGCAUUUUCCGGGUUCGGACCGCAAGUAGAAGUUGUGGCGCUUUCCCCGAGUCGGAAGAAGCUGGCCGGUUACUGAGCUGGGCGCUGUCUUUGAAGAACUGGAAAAGCCAGUGGCAGGAAGCCUGGAUUACUUCCAUUAGCAAAGAAGCUAAACGGAUUGGGGGACCUUUGCAGCUCACAUUUCAAGAGUGCGGACAUCAACCAGCAGAACUGACCAUCACACAGGUUUCCAGUGUCCGAAAGGCAGACCAGGACAAGAUUGUGUGCUGCCAAGUCGUCGGGGAACGUGUGCAGUUUUCCCUUGGCGUGACUCGGAGGACAGCCACCGCAGCAGGACUGCAGAAGACGUACAGCAUUCAAAUCUCCCCCUUCAAACUACAGUUGGAGCUCAGGCUGCAUGAGGCAGAGCAGGAUAUUCAAGUCUCCUGGUCCCUUUCACGCCUGGAAGACUGGAACCUGCAGAUCGCACCAAGGAAUAGAGAGGAGCUGGCUGAAGGAAAUCCAGAUAUCACAGCUCUCAGAAAUACACUUAAAGAUAUCGUUUGUUCAGCCCGCCCGUCUGUGCGUCUGAGCAGCAAACCUGCAGAUGGAAAAGAGGCCAAGGGUUUCCGAAAUGUGGGAUCAUCUUCUCAGGUCAGUUGUGCUCACGAAUGGAAACUACUAUUGAAGAAUAUAAAAGCCAUGUAUAACACUGGAGGUGAUGCUGCAGGCAGCAUUCAUCCAUACUUUGCAAUACAGCUGGAUGACCCCCCACAGCAGCUCUCCAGCCCUGUAAUAAAGAACACUACUACCCCUUCGUGGGACCAGCCUGUCACCCUUGAGCUCAGUGCUAAAUCAAAGGAGUUAAAGAUACAGCUUCUGGAUGAGGGCAAGCCCCAGAAAAGUGCCACGCUGGGUCUGGUUUCUGUGCCUUUGGAUCUGUUUAAGAGACAUCCUUCUGGGGUGCACACCUUUGCACUGAGCAGCACCGACGCAGCGAGAGGGUCCAUCUCUGCCGAGUUCACGUACCUGGAGCCCAGUGAGCUACGGUCAUGGCAGGCUCCCAUCCCCGCCCCCACCAAGAAGGUGGAGAUGGACCGGACCGUCAUGCCGUGUGGGACAGUGGUGACCACGGUCACUGCGGUGAAGAGCAAGCCUGGGAGAUCUCCUUCGGGGGUCAGUGCAGAUUAUCCCAUGAAGAUUACCUCCAGACUGAAACUGUCUGAAAGAAGCGUCUCUGAUCAAACUGGCCCCUCAGCUGCCACAGUCAGCAAGGCCCUGUCCUCCUCCGAUACAGAGCUGCUGAUGCUGAACGGUACAGACCCGGUGGCUGAAGCAGCGAUUCGGCAGCUCCACGAGUCUGCCAAGCAACACCUGAAAUCUCCAGUGAAGAAGAGCACCAUUAUCAUCUCCGGAGUGGCAAAGUCUCCUAUAUCUCAGGACGAUGAAACGGCCCUCAUGAUGGGCUACGCUGCAGCGAUGGAUGCCUCGAUGACCCAGGAGCCUCUCUGCGCUGCUCCAGAGGCCCCUCCGCUCGAGCUGGAACUCCCCAAGCCACAGGAGGGUCCCAGCGGCAGCCGUGCCCGAGGAGGGGAGCUCAGCGCUGUCCAGGACCCCGACACCGAGACCAAGUCCCAACUCUCACUGAGCGUGUCCGAGUCCGGCAGCGUCAAGAAAUCCAAAAGCGGGUUCUUGCACAGGAGCGCCAGGCUGUUCUUCAGACGCCGGCACCACCGGAAGGACCCGGGGUUGAGUCAGUCACACAACGACCUGAUGUACCUGGAGCAGCCCGUGGCUGUGGAGAAGGAGAGGAAGUCUGCUACCAUCAGCCGCAUCAUCAACAGGAAGCUGCUUCCCAGGAACAAGAGCAAGAGCAAAGUGAAUGGAGCCAUGGGGGACCCCAGUGCGUGAUCCCUGUGCAAAUCCCCAUCCACGCGUUCACAUUGCCCCAGUGCGUGACCCCUGUGCAAAUCCCCAUCCACGCGUUCACGUUGCCCCAGUGCGUGACCCCUGUGCAAAUCCCCAUCCACGCGUUCACGUUGCCCCAGUGCGUGACCCCUGUGCAAAUCCCCAUCCACGCGUUCACGUUGCCCCAGUGCGUGACCCCUGUGCAAAUCGCCAUCCACGCGUUCACGUUGCCCCAGUGCGUGACCCCUGUGCAAAUCCCCAUCCACGCGUUCACGUUGCCCCAGUGCGUGACCCCUGUGCAAAUCGCCAUCCACGCGUUCACGUUGCCCCAGUGCGUGACCCCUGUGCAAAUCCCCAUCCACGCGUUCACGUUGCCCCAGUGCGUGACCCCUGUGCAAAUCCCCAUCCACGCGUUCACGUUGCCCCAGUGCGUGACCCCUGUGCAAAUCGCCAUCCACGCGUUCACGUUGCCCCAGUGCGUGACCCCUGUGCAAAUCCCCAUCCACGCGUUCACGUUGCCCCAGUGCGUGACCCCUGUGCAAAUCCCCAUCCACGCGUUCACGUUGCCCCAGUGCGUGACCCCUGUGCAAAUCGCCAUCCACGCGUUCACGUUGCCCCAGUGCGUGACCCCUGUGCAAAUCCCCAUCCACGCUUCACGUUGCCCCAGUGCGUGACCCCUGUGCAAAUCGCCAUCCACGCGUUCACGUUGCCCCAGUGCGUGACCCCUGUGCAAAUCCCCAUCCACGCGUUCACGUUGCCCCAGUGCGUGACCCCUGUGCAAAUCCCCAUCCACGCGUUCACGUUGCCCCAGUGCGUGACCCCUGUGCAAAUCCCCAUCCACGCGUUCACGUUGCCCCAGUGCGUGACCCCUGUGCAAAUCCCCAUCCACGCGUUCACGUUGCCCCAGUGCGUGAUCCCUGUGCAAAUCCCCAUCCACGCAUUCACAUUGCUUUAGAACGAUUCAUGAAGAUGCAAUACUGCGUGCAGCUGAUCAGGCUGCUUUUACACACCGCACUGGCACUGGCACCGAAGGGAACGCUAGCCAGUCACAAGAUUAGUGCUAAUUGGGGGGUGAAACCAGCCACUGUUUAUUGAGUGGUGGUGUGGGUUGAGCAAAAA